CUGAUAUCAGCCAAAUGCGUCUUCUUUGCUUGCACGGUCGCGGGACCAACUCUGAUAUUUUGGAGAGCCAGUUGGCACCGCUUGUCAGUAGACUUUCAGAACGCUACACACUAGAUUUCCUCGAUGGCCCCUGCCAAGUCAAUGCUGCUCCCGGCGUGGACUCUCGUUCUUCAGGACCGUUCUUGGCUUGGCAUCGUCGCCACUUUGCGAAGGAUGUCGCCUCUGCAUAUGCCUACGUACAGGCAGUGAUAACUGAAGAUGGUCCUUACGAUGGAGUCAUUGGGUUUUCCCAAGGUGCUGCAUUGGCUGUUGGCCUGUUGAUUUCACACCAGCACCAGGCACCAACCGGAGUAAACCUGUUCAAGUUUGCUAUCCUUUUCUCUAGUGUGCUACCGACAGCGCCUUCUGGAGAAAUAGGAGUUGAUUGCACACAAUAUGUAGUCGACUAUGAAAAGAGUUUGCCUGAGUUCUUUGGGCUCUCAAGCUCGGAAAUUGCUGAUACGGCGUCGGCUGAGCGAGCGUACUUGUUUAACCAUUUAGCCGGAGACAACAAGCCGAAUGAAACACGACACACUGUUGACAUCCCAACCCUGCAUGUUCUCGGUAGAAAGGACCCAUUUUUUGACUUUGGUAAAGCUGUUAUAGAGCUUUGCGACAGUAAGAAGCGAGAGGUUAUACUUCAUGACGGAGGCCAUGACGUCCCUCGUUCACAAGAUUGCAUUGGCAAGAUAGCUCUCCUUAUGGAAACUGUGGCGGAACUUUCAAAGAUAGACUUUUAGCUAAUAAGCAAUACAAAUUUGAACAUC